GCGUUGGAUUGCAUUUCAUUCUCUCUCAUUCUCUCUCUCUCUCUCUCUCUCUCACAGGCAUUUCGCCAUGAACGCCCUCUCAAUGUCUACUCUCCUCACACAACAUUCUGCUUCACUUAAACUACGCAACACUUACCAAAAAUCCCCUACCUUCUCAGUCCAAGCUCACAUUUCUUCUUCUUCUACUUCUUCUUCUUCUGUCGCGAACUUCCAUGGCUCCCAACCAAGAACCUCACCUACGUUUGAACUUCCAAAGUUAGGGUUUGACCUCGAAACUUCUUCACAUCCUCUAUGCCCAUCUUUGAAUUCUCCACAGACACAAGAAAUGGCCAUGAGAGGCGCAGCAUCAGAUGUGAUGGGGUUGCUGCUGAAGGAGAGGAUUGUGUUCCUGGGCAGCAGUAUCGAUGAUUUUGUCGCUGAUGCAACUAUUAGUCAAUUGUUGCUCUUGGAUGCUCAAGAUCCCACCAAAGAUAUUCGUCUCUUCGUUAAUUCUCCCGGAGGGUCCCUGAGUGCAACAAUGGCAAUUUAUGACGUCGUGCAACUCGUGAGGGCAGAUGUUUCCACCAUUGCACUUGGAAUCACAGCAUCAACUGCCUCAAUCAUCCUUGGUGGUGGCACCAAAGGUAAACGUCUUGCAAUGGCUAAUUCACGGAUAAUGCUUCAUCAACCUCUUGGAGGUGCUAGUGGGCAAGCGAUAGAUGUGGAGAUUCAGGCCCGAGAGAUUAUGCAUAAUAAGAAUAAUGUCACUCGGAUCAUUUCUAGUUUCACUGGAAGGACAUUUGAACAAGUCCAAAAAGAUAUUGACAGGGAUCGGUACAUGUCUCCGAUUGAAGCUGUUGAAUACGGCAUUAUAGAUGGAGUUAUUGAUAGAGAUGGCAUUAUCCCACUUGAGCCAGUACCGGAGAGGGUUAAAUCGAGACUGAAUUAUGAGGAAAUUAGUAAAGAUCCAAGAAAAUUCCUGACACCAGAUAUUCCUGAUGAUGAGAUAUACUAGCUUCGGGGACAUUAGAUGCAGUUUAGUGGGUUUUAUGACCUUCUUUCCUCCAAGGUUGGUGCGGGGAAGCUCCUGAGCAGUUAGCAUGUUUGACAAAGACGAUAUGAUUUGGUUUAGAUUGUGGAAGAGCUGCCUUGGUUUUUUGUUUUCAGUAACUCCUGAUCUUGUAAAACAAUGUCAAAGUAUACUCUUGAGAUAUUGAUUCUUCACAAAUUGUACUGGAUACUUUGGUUGUAGUUUUCAGGUUAUUAAUUACCAUUGUCUGA